GUGACCUUUUCGUCAUAGUAUUCAGCAUGGAUAGUCGUGAGACGUUCGAAGAGGCACUUCGAUUAAGAGAGCAAAUAUUAGAAACGAAAUUUAGCGCAGGUGGUGCUUCAAAUAGUGGAGGACUGACGCGCAAAAGAAAUUUACCUCGCGUGCCAAUGGUGUUAGCUGGAAAUAAAUGUGAUAAGGAAAUGAGAACCGUAGUUCCAGAAGAAGCCAAAGCCUACUGCACAAACCAAGAGUGCUGUGCAUUUAUAGAAACGUCGGCGAAGAAAAACCACCAGGUGGACGACGUAUUCUACGAACUGUUUCUGAUUGCCAACCUUCCCUUGGAGAUGGCGCCGAACCACCACAAAAGGGUCAGCGCCAGUUUUGGAUCGCCGUGCCCCCUGCCGCCGCCGGCACCGUCGCACCAUUCGAAAAAGUACACGUUAUCGGUGAAAAGAAGAUUGAGUGACGCUUGCGGUGUCGUAACGCCAAAUGUAAGAAGACCAAGUAUUAGAACAGACUUGAUGAUAAUGCGCGCUAAAACAUGUAGCAUAGGCGAUAAUAACAGCAACGGCAAUAAUUCUGUUCUAAACUGGAAAUCUUUAGAAUACCGCUGUAUAUUACAGUAAUUGUUAAGCAUAUUAUUGUGUUGGGAACAAAUUUAUCAAAACACCAUUAGAUUUUUUAAUGUUACUUUGUUGGGUUUAUUAUAUGAAUAAAUAAAUGAUACACGCAUCUUUAUGAA